AUGCCGAUCACUCCAUUCAUAAACUUGAAGAAGCAAUUAGCAAUGUCGAUCAAAAACCUCCCUCCUCUCAUUAUAGGCGGUGCUGUAUUCAAUACGGGGUACAACGAAAAUCCUCAUGACCUCUCUGCCAGCAAAAUCUUGGAGGCUGCAUUUUCCAAAGGGUUCACAGCCAUAGAUACUUCACCUUACUAUGGACCAUCAGAAGAAAUAUUUGGCAAGGCCUUGAAGGAAAUUUCUUCGAAAUGGAAACGUGAAGAUUACUUGAUCUGUACAAAAGCUGGUAGAUUGGGUCUUGACGAGUUCGAUUAUAGCAGACCAUGGAUUAGAAAGUCCGUAUUGAGGUCAUUAGAGAGAUUGGGCACUUCGUAUUUAGAUUUAGUUUAUAUUCAUGACAUUGAAUUCGUAGAUGAACCCUCAAUCAUAGGUGCCGUCAAAGAGCUCAAAUUAUUGAAAAAUGAGGGUAUAGUUAAGAAUAUUGGAAUCUCAGGUUACCCAGUAGACUUUUUAUAUAAAAUAGCCUUGAGAUGUAAGAGCGAGCCUGAGAUAGGUCCGCUAGAUGCGGUUUUGUCAUACUCCAACGGGUGUAUUCAAAAUGAAAAAUUGUUCGAGUAUUACGAAAAAUUGUUAGUCGAUUGCGGCUUGAAAAAGGUCCUUAAUGGGUCAAUUUUAAGUAUGUCACUUUUAAGAUCAGACGCAACUUUAGAUUUCCAUCCAGCUUCAAAGGAAUUGAAGGCUAAAGUAUCGCAAGUGGCCAAAGAUUUGAAGAAUGAAACUGGAGUUGAAUUGGCUGACUUAGCUACUAAGUUUGCACUCAAAAGAUGGUUGUUUGACACUGCGAACCAGGCUGGUGCCACACCAACUAGCUUGGAAUGGAACAAAAACUGUUCAAUUGUAUUGGGAGUUUCCAACAUAGAAGAGCUCGAUGCAGCAAUUGGCAAUUACGAGCAUGUGAAAAGUAGGGCAGGCGAAGCUGAAGAUGAGCAGUUGUUUGCCCAAGUUAAACAGAACUUGGGUGACAGCUUCAAUGAAACCUGGAGAAGUGGAUUGCACUAG